UUGAAUCUAGGCGGAACCCGAUCGAGUGGAACGAACUUAAUUGCACACAUACGGCAACUCUGCUGCUGCUGCUUCUGCCGGAGGAAAAAACGAAGAGGUGAAGAAAAUACUGCAGCAAGAUGAUGCAGAUGUUUUUCUAUUUCUCGGACAAAGUGGUCCUUCUUUUUGACUUCUGGAAAACGCACACCCCAGCAGGGAUGGUGCUCUCAGUACUGGUGAUCAUGCUGCUUGCGGUGUUGUACGAAUUCAUAAAAGUUGGAAAGGCGAAACUUCUUCAGUACACAAUGCCAUCCAUUACCUCCAGCAUCAGCCAGGAGACCUUGAGAGAGCCAGAAAGGGCAUCUAUUAACACGGGCGUGGAACAACUAAGCAGCACCCCAGAGAAUUGGUUUUCGUGGCAUGUCGUCCAAACCCUGCUGCACGUGGUCCAAGUAGUCCUCGGUUACCUGGUGAUGCUGGCUGUGAUGUCUUACAACAUGUGGAUCUUCCUGGGAGUGAUUGCUGGCUCUGCCAUUGGCUACUACAUAGCAUACCCGCUGCUCAGUCCCAGAUAGCAGCGCUGGCCUCAGCACAGGAAGGUGGUUUAACAGUGCUGAUUAACUGGAGACUCCUGCAUUGGGAACAGAUUCUGUGGUGCUUGGACACUGAACUGGGUAAACAGGAGUCACCCUGUUGUAGUUCCAAGAUUCUUCCCCCUUGCUCCCCAAUAUUUCUCUCAUCCUCUGACCUCCACAGGGAGGGCAUUUAAACCUCCUGCCUUUUUGAGAAUGACUUUUUGUUCUUUCACUGUAAUUUAUUUGCAACUGCCUUUACUAAGUGCCUUGGAACAAAUGCUCAAUAGAUAGAACUGAGAUGUUUUGCUUUCAACCCUCAGGAUGUGUAACCACCAGUCAGCUGAGCCUUGCACUGUCCACUCUGACUGGCAGCAACUCUUGAAAGUGAGG